UAUUUGCAACCCGAAAACAAAGGCAUAUCUAGUUUUGUUGGUUUGUUGGAUCUGUAGUCUGUAAUCAUUGAUAUCUGUUUGAUCUGUUCAUUCAUAUCACCUGAUAUCACCCAAAUCACGUGCGGUAUAGACGUGUUUAUAUAGGUCGUUUGUAUUUUUCAUAAUUAAUACAUAAGUCAUUUAAUUUAUUUAAUAUAAUAAGAUAAUGGAUUUCUUAGUACUAUUGCACAUAUUGCAUUUAGUAUAAUGAUGAAUAUUGUGUCAACAGAAUUUUCUGCUGAUGACUGUAAAAGUUUAGGUUUUAAUAAGGCUAAUUUACUUUGUUCCACCUGCGAAGAAUUCAACAAACGAGAAUUAACUGAAAUAUGGAACAACUGUAAGGAAUGUUGUUUAAAAGAUGAUGAUUAUGAUACAUCCGGAUUAAAACGUUAUCCACGCGCUAUUCUCGAAGUUUGCACAUGCAAGUUCGGUGCAUAUCCACAGAUUCAAGCUUUCAUAAAAAGCAAUCGACCAAGCAAAUAUAAAAAUUUACAAAUAAAAUAUGUCAGAGGCUUGGAUCCAAUAAUUAAGUUACUAGACGCAGAUAAUAAAGUUGAAGACAUUCUGGACAUACACAAGUGGGAUACAGAUUCUGUUGAUGAAUUCUUAGCAACUCAUCUUUCUAUGGACUGAUAAUCCUGGUAAACUUAAAUAAUAAUCCAAUGUUGGAAUGAAAACAUAUUGAGUGAUUUACAAUACAAUAUCAUUUUUUUUAAGUAUUUUAGUAAACAAUCAUUGUCCUUUAUGUUUCUUACACAAAUAAGUAAUACAAAGAAAUAGUGAAAAUUAUAUAACGUAUCAUUGAGAUAUAUUGCAUGGCUGUUACAGCCGACUCUUUCAUGGACGCAAAUAUGUUUUUGGUAAAUUAAAUGAUUUCACAGGAAUUAUGUUAGAUACAAAGACAAGUUGCAAUUUUCAUAAGGUUUAAUAUUUAAAAUGUCUUAUUUGUCAGAUAAAAGAUCAUGUAAAGACAACUUACUACCUUAUUACAAAAGAAAGAAAUUACAACGUUUUUUAAACUCGAUGAAAUACGUAAUAUCUUAAUUUUAUCGCAAGAUACUUUUUAAAUUGUCAAUAAUAUAUGCCUAACAGGAAUGAAUCUUACACUAGUUUUAUAGCAUGGUAUUAUUUAAAAAACCAUUGACACAUUUUAAUUACUUCAUCAUUAAUAUUUCCUGAUUAUAGAUAAUUUCAAGACAAUUUUAACGAUAAUACGCGCAGCGUACCUUUCUAUUUCCCUUUCUUGAUCAUUUUCCUUUUCCAGCAAACUGUACACGCUACAAUUCACCGCGAGUAAUUUUUCAUUAAAAAAAACUUUGAAUAAGCUUGGAUAAAAAUUCAUAGUAAGUUUCUUCACAUUUAUCUUUGUACAUGAAUAGUAUCCAGUAUCUCCCGUUUCUAUAUGUAAAAAGAUAGCCAUACAUAUUGAGUUAUGACACAUUUUUUUUUUUUUUUUUCAUACAUCUUGUCAAAAAG